ACCAAACUCAUCAUACACAAACACAAACUAAAAAGCUUUUAUCCUUGCAGUUUAGCUGGCAAGAAGUGGUUGAUUUGAACUGUUUGCCGUUGUAAAAAAAAACAAAAACAAAAACCUUGCCACAAAAACGACACACACAGAAUUAAACAACCUUUGGCUGCAUUUCUGCUAUGAUAGGUACCAUAACGCAUGGGGUGCCUCCAUUGAAGACCCUUCUCUUCUGUUCUUCCCAGAGAAAGUUCCAAAUGACCUGUUAGAUGUUUUCAUGGUUUUUCCAUGCAAAAUGGUUUUCUGCUAUCCUCGGCAACGUGAUCUUCAUCAUCACGCCAUCACAGCGUUUUAAUUUUGGCCCUGGACGGUUCAGGUGAUAAUGCCGUCAGGUUGCUGUGUCUUCCCACCAUUUUUCUUUGGUCGCAAGAUUUCCAAAUUGCAGAUGACUAGGAAACCUAUAUCAUCCAAGACUAAAAAAGAUGGGGAAAGCAUAAAUAAAGACGGUCUAUCUCAACCAAAGGAUCAAAAAGAAGUGAACUGCACACUAAGAAGGGUUAACAGUUCAUCUCGGCACAUGAACCUGAAAGAAUCAAGAGACUUGGAGAAAGAGUCAUGUAGACACAAGAGUCAGAAAGGUUUGACAGAAUUCAGGAAUCAAUCACGUAAAGCCACCGGUAAUUUCAUUUUGAUGAUGGAACUGAAGAAGAAGAUCCUUGUCUUUAGAGACCUCAUUGACCUGUCACCUUGCAAUGGCUCUACUUCCGUAGAGCAGCUUAUGAUAUAUACAAUGAAAGAUCUCCACAAGCUCUACCCUGAAACCGUACCCCACAUCAGGAAGUCAGAAAUGAAGGGAUUACCUCUUCAUCAGGUUGUAAGGCACUUUUGCAUAACACUGGAAGCUAUAGGAGAUCCAUCAAUGAUGAGAUAUGACUGUGACGGUAGCCAGCACGACAACUUUGAGAAACAAGCUGAAACUGCCGUGGCAUUACUUGAUAGCUUGAUGAAGAUGGCAAGAGAAAAGUUUGACAUGGUAGAUGAAGAUGAAGAGAAGAAAGAUUUGGGUGCAAAAGCUAAAACGUUUGGAAAGGUCUUAACGGAUUCUUAUUCAGACAAUAGCUCCAGCUGCUCUUCUCCAGUCACGCCAACGUCAGUCCUUCCAGAAAUGUUAAAUGGUUCUCCGAAAUCAGGAUAUUCUUCACCUCUUCUCUUAUCUCUCAGACUGCAAGCAGUGGGGAAAUUGAACCCAAUUGAUGUGAAGCGAUUUGCGUUUCACAUGCUAUCCAAUGUUGGUGUUCAAAAAAUUUUGAGCCAGAAGAACAUAGUGAUAGAGGAACAAGAUGCAGAAACAAAAAGCACUACAGAAUUGAUAGAGUCCUCCUUUUCUGAUGAGACCAGAGAUGCCAGCGCUCUAAAUGAAACACCAAUUCAUCCAAUUUCUGCAACUCCAGGUACAAGUCCUAUGCUCUCAGAAACAGAAGAAGCUACAGAGUUGCCAUCAACGCCAUCUUCACCAUCAAAAUCACCACUUACCUUAGCUGCAACACCUUCUCCAUCACAGGAAUCCAUGUUGAUAACAAACAUGGAAGUGGAAGUAGCAGUACCAAUAGCAAAAGAUGCUUCAUCACCAAACCCACCAGAACAUCCACCCAAGUUAUCCAUAGAUAUGGAAUUAAAAGUGACAUCACCAGUUCCACCACCCUCAACUUUGCCCCCAAAUGUAACGGCAGCAGGGCUACCAUUGCCACCACCACCCUCAGUAUUUCCCCCAAAUAUAACGGAAGCAGGGCUACCAUUGCCACCACCACCCCCAACUUUGCCCACAGAAGCAGGGCUACCAUUGCCACCACCAACCCCUCCAAUGUUGCAGCCAAAUGAAGCGCCAACAGGACCCUUGCCAUCACCACCCUCUCCAAUGUUGCUACCAAGUCUAGAAGCAAUAGGACUAUCACUGCCACCACCACCCCCAAUGUCUCAGCCAAAUGCAGCAGAGGUAGCUGCAGCAAAACCAUUGUCAACACUAUCCCAAUCACCCCUGGGGUUGCCAGCAAGAGGACCAACAUCGCUGCCCCCACUACCUCCACCAACAGGAUCUGGGGCACCACCUCCUCCCCCACUGGGGUCCGCUGCUCCAGCAAAAGGUCCACCCCCACCCCCGCCACCAAUGGGAACAAAAGGCACACGACCAGGUGCAAAUAGAAUGGCACCGCCACCACCUCCUCCUGGUGGAAGAUCCUUGGCCGUAAGGAAGCCAACAACUAAAUUGAAGAGAUCAAGCAAUAUGAGUAAUCUGUAUCGGGUACUCAAGGGAAAAAUAGAAGGAAAAUCUCAAACAGGUAAAUUACGCGGGAGAAAGGCCUCAGUUGGCAGCAGCGCCCCUGCUGGUGGAAAGCAAGGAAUGGCUGAUGCCUUGGCAGAGAUGACAAAGAGGUCAGCUUACUUCCAGCAAAUCGAAGAAGACGUUCAAAAGUAUUCAAAGGUGAUCACAGAGCUGAGAUCUUCCAUUAGUAGCUUCAAAUCAAAGGACAUGAUUGAGAUGAAUGAGUUUCAUAAACAUGUAGAAUCUGUUCUUGAAAGCUUGGCAGAUGAAACACAGGUGCUAGCAAGGUUUGAAGGCUUCCCAACAAAGAAGUUGGAAGCUUUAAGGACAGCAGCGGCACUAUACAACAAAUUAGAAUCAAUAGUCAAUGAACUAAAAAGCUUUAAGGCAGAGCCUCCCGUCGAAAAACUCCUUGAAAAGGUGGAAAAAUACUUCAGCAAGAUGAAACUAGAAGUAGAUGGAUUGGACCGAACCAAAGAUGAAGAGGGCAAGAAAUUCAAGAGCCACAAUAUCGAAUUUGAUUUUCAUAUGCUAGUAAGAAUCAAAGAAGCAACCGUGGAUCUUUCUUCCGACUGUAUGGAGUUGGCAUUGAAGGAGAGAAAAGAAGCUAAGGCAGAAGCAGAACAGGCAGGAGGAGCUAGCACAAAAACUGAAGCACAAAGAAAAGGAAGUGUUACAGUUCUAUGGAAGAUUUUUCAGUUUGCAUUUCGGGUUUAUACCUUUGCAGGAGGAAUUGAUGAACGUGCAGACAGGCUAACCCGAGAUAUAGCUCAAGAAAUUGAGAAUGAUCCUCAACACCUUUCUCUGGCAUCCUAAGAUAUUGUUUCCUUUGUUUCUGUUAAUUAACUAGCAAAUAGUUUAGUACUGCUUCUAUUAAGGAGUUUCAAGCAGGCUUUGGAGGAACUAUAUUAAGCUCCAUCCACCUAAUAUUGUGAGAUA